AUGUAUAAGAAUAAAAUCCCCAGUCCUUGGUCGUCUCCUCAUGUUUCCAAGUCCUUACAUAAUAAAAAGAUUUAUGGAUUUCAUGUCUCUGCGCCAUUCGCAGCCCUUGGAAUCUCACCAUCUCCUACUCGCUUCAAUGUCGACACUAUGUUGAUUCUUACGGUAGCUAUCGUUCUUAUGCUUAGUUGGUCAGCCUUACUAGUGGUAGCACGUCCGGCCUUAGAUGUUUCACGCUUUGAAAAACGAGUCGAUCGAUACGUGAAUGAGGGCAACCUCAUGUGUCUUAGUGAGAACUGGCCAAUACCUCAAGGACAACCAAGAUUCUUUAUGACCCUUGAUGAAGCGUUUAAGGCCGUGUACACUGCAUGUGCCGGCUGGAAUAUUUCUGAACUAAACCCGGGAGCGAAUCCUGGAUUUGACAACGUCGUUUAUGUCUUGGACGAUAACAAAGUCCCCAGUUCGACGAAUAUUACCGUUUCGGUGACCUACAAGGGGGGCGAUAACUGCCCUUACCCGCCCUUGAAUUUUUGGUAUGACCUAAAUCUUCCGGGUGAUGGACCGACUCAUUGCUUUGAUCGGCUGAGUACAAUUAUCAAUGGAUGUGACUUGCACAAAGAGGCAGAGUACUGGAAACAGGGUGGUAGCUUUUACCGCGAUUGCACUUCUUGGACGUUGUGGAAGAGUUUGACAUUCACUAACAAGAACUCAUGA